AUGGAGGAACAUCAAAGGCAUCAACGGUGGAAUGGCACCGGUGUGAUGUCGCGUUGGCUGCUGCUGGGACUGCUAGCAGUGACGAUCGGUGUAUCUAGCGCGUACAAAGUUGGUGUGGGACGAGCGGACUGUACUGGACCGUCAGUGGAAAUCACAUUUAUGGGCUAUGCACAGGUAACACAGCGCGGAACCGGCAUACAUCUGCGCCAGUACGCACGGUCCUUCAUCAUCGAAGACGAAACCGGCACGCGGGUCGUGUUUGUCAGCGUGGACGCCGGCAUGAUGGGGCACGCGAUCAAGCGCGAUGUGCUGGCCGUGCUGCAGAAAAAGUAUGGCGAGCUGUACACCCACGCGAACGUCGUCAUCAGCGGGACGCACACCCACUCCACACCGGGUGGCUUCCUGAUGUAUCUGCUGUACGAUCUAACGUCGCUCGGGUUCGUACCGGAGACGUUCAAUGCGCUCGUGCACGGUAUCGCGCAGAGCGUGAUCCGCGCGCACAACAAUAUGGUCGAGGCGCGGAUUUACGUCGCCGAAACGGAGGUGCUGGACGCGAACAUUAACCGCAGCCCGUCCGCGUACGAGAACAAUCCGGAGGAGGAACGGGCCCAGUACGAGCACAACGUGGACAAGACGCUGGUCCAGCUGCAGUUUGUGCACGCCCGCGAUGGGACACCGUUCGGUGCGAUCAACUGGUACGCCGUCCAUCCGACCUCGAUGAACAACACGAACCGGCUCGUGUCGAGCGAUAACGUGGGUCUGGCCGCGGUAAUGCUUGAGCAGGAGCGCAAUCCUGGCUCGUUGGUCGGCAAGGGCGAGUUUGUCGGUGCGUUUGCGUCCAGCAAUUUGGGCGAUUCUUCGCCAAACAUCAACGGACCGAAGUGCGAGAAGACGGGCCUGCCGUGUGACGUACUGACGUCUUCGUGUCCGUCCGGAGCGGGUGCCUGCUUUGCGUCCGGGCCCGGUCGCGAUAUGUUCGAGAGUACGGAAAUGAUCGCCGACCGGUUGUACCGGGCAGCGGCCGAGUUGCUCGCCACGCCCAAAACUACCAAAGCACGUGAGGUGACCGGUCCGGUUGGGUUUAUGCAUCAGUACGUGGACAUGACGACGGCGGAAACGGUUCACUUUGAUCGGGCGACCCGCAGCCUGGUACGCGUACGGGGAUGCUUGCCAGCGAUGGGGUACAGCUUCGCCGCCGGCACCACGGACGGGCCGGGUGCGUUCGAUUUCCAGCAGGGCACCAUCACGGACAAUGUGCUGUGGAACGCGGUGCGCGAUUUCAUUGCCGAACCGACGCAGGACGAUAAGGACUGUCAGGCACCGAAACCGAUACUGCUCGCGACGGGCCGGGCCCGCUUCCCGUACGACUGGCAGCCCAAAAUCGUACCAACCCAGCUGCUGGCGGUCGGCGACUUUGCAAUGGCGGCUGUGCCGGGCGAGUUUACGACAAUGGCGGGACGCCGGCUGCGUACAGCGGUGGCCCGUGCCUCGGUAGCGGCCGGCGGGCGUGAUCUGCAGGUGGUGGUGGCCGGCCUUUCCAACAUGUACACCAGCUACAUUACCACGCCGGAAGAGUACGAAAUACAGCGAUACGAAGGUGCCUCCACGCUGUACGGGCCGCACACGCUGACGCUCUAUCUGGAGCAGUACAAAAAGCUGGUCGGAGCGCUCGUACGCAACGAGACGCUACCGGCCGGUCCGCAGCCACCGUACGAAGAUGACAAGCAGAUAUCGCUCACGACUGGCGUCAUCUUCGAUUCGCACCCGCUCGGUAAAGAGUUUGGCGACGUCAAGGUACAGCCGGAGCCGGUGUACGAACGCGGUGCGACUGCUAGUGCCGUGUUUAUUGCGGGCAAUCCGCGCAACAAUCUAAUGCACGACAAGAGCUUUUUUACGGUCGAGCAGCAGCAGGCGGACGGGAACUGGACGGUUAUCGCGACCGAUGCCAACUGGGAAACAAGGUUCCGUUGGGAACGUACCUCCACCAUACUGGGCUUUAGUGAUAUCGAAUUUAGCUGGACGAUCGGGCCAAACACACCGGAAGGAACGUACCGUAUCCGACAUUUUGGCUACUACCGAUACAUCCUUGGCGGUGUCUAUCCGUACGUCGGUGUUACAAACACGUUCAACGUAAACUAGUGGAAGGAACGGGA